AUGCCACCAAGAGUCAAUACUGCACAGCGUCGUCUUUUGAAAGAAUAUCAGCAAUUGACAAAAGACUCGCCAGAAGGAAUUGUCGCGGGACCAGUUAGUCCACAAGAUACACCUUAUGAAAAUGGUGUGUUCCCAGCAAGAUUAACAUUUCCAACUGAUUAUCCUUUAUCACCACCGAAAUUAGUAUUUACACCAGCAAUUUUACAUCCAAAUAUCUAUGCUAAUGGUGAAGUUUGCAUAUCAAUCUUACAUCCACCUGGUGAUGAUCCACAUCAAUAUGAACGUGCUGAAGAAAGAUGGUCCCCUGUGCAGAAUGUUGAAAAAAUUUUAUUAAGUGUCAUUAGUAUGUUAAGUGAACCUAAUAUAGAGAGUGGUGCAAACAUUGAUGCAUGUAAAUUAUGGAGAGAUGAUCGCAAAGAGUUUGAAAGAACAGUUAGAAGAGAUGUUCGCAGAAGUUUAGGACUGUGA